AUGUUGGUUCAAACCAUUCAAUCGGGGCCCACCAACGCGGAGCCGGGCAGUGACCCCUUCCUUUACCCCGCCAAACCAAAACCUUUGGAAAGGGGCGGGCCCCAAAUCCCUCAAGCUCCCUUCCCCCCUUUGGUUCCCGCCCCAAGGCGCGGGGCUGGCCCAUGGCCCAGCCACGGGCCCAAAAAAACCUCGAACCCAAAGGGCCCUCCCAGGCCCCGGGCCGGCCAGGGGGGCCUGCACAGGUUUGGUGCUGCCUGCAAGGCCAAAAACCCCGGGGCCACCCAGUCUCUUUUCCGGGAAUUUUCCCCGGGUCCCCCCUUAAGGGCCCCUCCACCUGCCCCUGGGACGGCUCCCCGCCCGGCCCGCCCGGGGGCCCGAUAA